GGAGCCCAUUUCUUGUGAAAACUGCCGCACAGCUGGAAACUUUUUAACGGCGUCAGUUCAAGCUGUUGCUCAGCUUGGUAUCUGGGGCAGUUUUCUGCUGCUGAACGACCCCUCAUCUCAUUGUAAGGAUGAGCGGAGUUAGCAAGAGAAAGAAGUAAGGGGCGAGGUUGCAGGAGUGGAAUGGCUACUGCCCUUUAAAAGACCCUUACCUUCUCUUCCCCACCCUCCUCGGAAAUACUCUAAGAUGGAAUUGGCAAUACGAAGCACAUAUGGCCUAAACUGGGUAUGGGUACUACCAUGUAUCUCCUCUUCAGCCCUACUGCAUCCAGCUAGCGCAGGGUGAAGUGGGGCGCCUCCUUCCCAGCCUCAUUAAGGGGAGAGGGCUCUUAAAACAGGCAGCCCACCAGGAUUUUCUCCAGCAAAGGAGAAUAAGAGGACUUUGAUUGGAAUCUGUUAAGGAAAAAUGCAGACAUUAAUGCCCCCUCCUCAGAUUUAUGUUGAAAGAACCCUGGCAAUCAUUAAGCCAGAUAUUAUCCACAAAGAAGAUGCAAUAGAAGAUAUCAUUCUCAGAUCAGGAUUCACUAUUGUACAGAAACGAAAGCUUCAACUAAGUCCUGAGCAGUGUAGCAAUUUCUAUGUAGAACAGUAUGGGAAAAUGUUUUUUCCUAACUUAACAGCAUAUAUGAGUUCUGGGCCUUUAAUUGCAAUGGUUCUUGCUCGUCAUUGUGCUAUCUCAUACUGGAAGGAGCUGCUUGGACCAACAAAUACUGUAAUAGCUAAGGAAAACUAUCCUGAUAGUUUAAGAGCAAUCUAUGGGACAGAUGACCUGAGGAAUGGACUUCAUGGCAGUAGUAGCUUUUCCUCAGCUGAAAGGGAAAUCCGGUUCAUGUUUCCUGAAGUGAUUCUUGAACCAAUCCCAGUUGGACAAGCUGCUAAGGAUUACCUGACCCGCUAUGUCAUUCCUACACUGCUAAAAGGACUUACAGCACUGUGUAAGAAGAAACCAGCAGAUCCUUUUACUUGGCUGGCUGAUUGGCUAAUUGAACAUAAUCCCAACACACCUCGGCUGCAACAUAACGUGAUUGUGGAGGAGCCUUAAAGAGGAAAAUAUAUUAGAAAAUGGUGAACUUGUAAAAAGAACCUAUCGGUUAAAGAUAUUUCACUACA